AUGGAUGCAGUACCCCCACCUCCGUUUCUGGCGGAACCAGGAGAGCCACAGAUUCCUUUCGACGAGUGGUAUCAAGUGUUUUUGGCGUAUCUGCUGGCGAAGGACGGAGAGAACUUCUCCGAUCUGAGGAAGAAGGCCACCUUGCUCAACGCUCUCGGAUUGGAGGGCCAACGACAGUUUCACGCAUCGAAAAACGCCCCGUUGAGCCAUCCCGUGAGCGCGGAGAGUCAGCAGCCCGAAUACGACGACACAGUGCAGCGGUUAAGAGACCGAUUCUGCAAGAGGAAAUCGAAAGUCGUCUGUCGGUGCGAGUUUUUCUCGAGAAUACAGCACGAGGGCGAAUCGGUGGCAACGUUCGUGACAAAUCUCAGAAGGCUGGCUGCUAGGGCCGACUUCCGGCAUUAUACCGAAAAUCAGGCGGUGCUGGACCAGCUCAUAGCACGAACAUCAAACAGCGAAAUCAGAGAGCGGUUGCUGCUGGAAGGUGACAAUCUCGGAUUGGAGGACGCCGUGCAAAUGGCCGUCCGGCUCGAGGCGGCUGAUGUGGAGGCGCGGCGCUUGGCGGCGACCGUUCAGAUAAGCGCACAGGUGGCCACGGCCUUGCGAGACCCUAAUGCUAUCAACGCGAUAGGAAGGACCCCAAAUACGCGUCAAGAGUCCCGCAUGUCAUCACAGCGCAAACGGAGCCAAAGCCGGGCGCCACCCGCGAGGCCUAAAUGUUGGAACUGCGGCGUCGAGGGUCACUUCGCGAAGGAAUGUCGGCGUCGUGGAAUACGUGCGAUCGAAGAAGAUACAGAAGCCGGAUGCGAGGAGUCGGAGAUUCAACAGACAGGUAUAUCAGCAUCAGUGUAUUCUGUAGGAGGAGACCAUCAGCCUAUAAUGUGUAGAAUUCGAGUGGAUGGGUCACACAUAGAUUUCAUGAUUGACUCGGGAGCUCAGGUCUCGGUUUUGAAUGAAUUCACGUACAAAACCUACCUCAGGGAAACACCUCUGAAACAAACGAAUCGAAAGAUAUGGGCGUACAAUAGAAAAAUCAUUGAAACGGUGGGAGUGACAGAGGCUUCGGUCGAUUAUGAGGGACGUAGCGUGAGAGGACUAUUCUUCGUAGCACGGAGCGGGGCUAACGUCCUCGGAGUUGAUAUAAUGCGGAAAUCGGGAAUGACGAUCAACGUGCGAGAGGGGACCUGCCACGUCGCAUCGUUGAGGGAACUAGAUUUUGAGUCAGAAUUUCCGGAGGUCUUUGAUGACGGACCGAGCAACGUCAGACAUUUCUGCCAUAAAGUUAGGGUUCGGCCAGAGGUAACGCCAAAGCAACAGAGAUGCCGCCGGCUGCCGUUCGCGAUACGAGAAAGAGUGAGAGCGGUCAUCGAUCGACUAGAACAAGAGGGGGUAAUUGAACGUAUUCAGGCGUCAGAGUGGAUUUCCCCGAUCGUGGUUGCCGAGAAGAAAAACGGCGAUGUUCGGUUGUGCGUGGACCUUAGGGAGGUAAAUAAAGCGGUGGUCCAGGACGCGUUUCCCUUGCCACAUAUUGAGGAUCUCAUGCAGCGACUGGCAAAAGGCCGAGUUUUUUCGAAAAUCGAUUUGAGGUCGGCAUAUCAUCAGAUCCCAUUGCAUGAAUCAUCGAGAGAUCUCACGGCGUUUGUAUCACCGUGGGGGCUAUUCAGAUACACGCGCGUCUGUUUCGGGUUGGCUUCGGCCCCGGCAGCGUUCCAGGCAUUCAUGGAAGAAACCUUGAAAGACUUGGAGGGAGUUAUCUGCUACUUGGACGAUGUUUUGGUCGUUGGCGAAACGAGGCAGGUUCACGAUGAAAGGGUACGAGGGCUCCUCAGGACCCUUAGCGAAAGGGGUUUGAAGGUGAACAACAAGUGUGUGUUUGGAGUGGAGGAGACGGAGUUCCUGGGCCAUGUUGUGAGUUCUAAGGGGGUGAAACCAUUGCCGGACAACGUUAAAGCAAUAGAGAAUGUGCCGGAGCCAAAGAAUGUCUCUCAAUUGCGCUCCUUCCUGGGCAUGGCGGGGUUUUAUCUCAAAUGUGUCCCCCGCUACGCAGAAUUGGUGGAACCGCUCAAAGAAUUGCUUCGGAAAGAAGUGAAAUUCGACUGGCGGGAGAGACAACGAUUAGCGUUCCGUGCCGUCAAGGGAGCAAUAGCGGAGGCAGCGCCGCUGCGCGUGUUCGACCCAGCGUUACCACUGGUGCUGACCACCGACGCCUCGGAUUAUGGCUUGGGGGCGGUGUUGCAGCAGCGGGUCAACGGCAAGCUAGAACCACUGGCGUACGCAUCCUGCUCGCUGUCAGAAACUCAACGCAGGUACUCCACUAGUGACAAAGAGGCCUUGGCGUGCGUAUGGGCGAUAGAGAAAUGGCAUGUAUACCUCUGGGGGAGACGUUUUACGCUAAAGACAGACCACAGGGCGCUGGUUUCGCUCUUCGGAACGAAGGGAGCAGACCGUAGGUCGAUACGGUUGGCGCGGUGGGCGGAGAGGCUGGGAGCGUACGCUUUCGACGUUGAGUACAAGCCGGGAGUCGAGAACGUGAUUGCGGACGCAUUGUCGAGACUACCAGAGGCACAGGAGGGGGCGGUGGAGGUAGAUGACGACGGCGAGUCUAUCCAUGAACAAUUGAGUGUCGUUGAUGGAAUUCUCAUGAGAGGAGAGAAAGUUGUGCUGCCGACAGGCUUGAGAGAGAGAAUAAUACAAGCGGCUCACGGGACGAGUCAUCAGGGAAUGGCUCGAACAAAAAAGGCGGUUCGAGACUGGUAUUGGUGGCCACGAAUGGACGCGGGGGUGGAACACCUUGUACAGUUAUGCGAGAUUUGUGGCUCGCAUGACAAGUCGGCUAGAACAGAGAGACCGUUGGCACAGGUUGUGCCGCCGCCCACAGGUCCGUGGGAGAAGAUCGGUAUCGAUGUUCGAGGCCCUCAUUAUAGGUUACCACCCCCGUUUCGCUAUGCAGUGGUAGUAGUAGAUUACUUCUCGAAAUGGCCAGUUGUCCGAUUCAUGUCAGAGGCGACCUCAGAAAAAAUUGUUCUGUUCUUGAGGAAUGUCUUCACGUGCGAAGGAACCCCGAAAGAGAUAGUGUCGGACAACGGACCUCAAUUUGUGAGCCGAACGUUUGACUUGUUCAUGAAGCAGCAUAAUAUUGUACACUGUAGAACAGCGGUAUAUAACCCUCAGGCCAACGGACUCGUCGAGAGAUUUAAUCGAGUCCUAGGCGACAUGUUAAAAACAGCGGAACUCAUGUCAAUGAAUAAGAAUAAUUUAGAUAUUGUGAUACAAGAAAUGUUGGCCGACUACAGGAAUACACCUCAUCCCACUACCGGCGAGUCACCGUCGGUACUGCUGCACAGCCGGGCAAUGAGAUCCGGAGUUCAAAUCACAGACUUCCAUGAACUACGCAGAAUUAAGCCGUCAGGAGAGAUCAAAUCACGCAUCGAAGAAAACCAAAGGAGAAGACUCGAAAAGGAAAACGAAGUCGGUCAUCGCACCCGUCAGAGUGGACCGUCAGGUGGGGCAGUCCACAUUCCGAAUGUCAGACGGAAGGACAUGGAACGCGAAAUCCCUGGCGGCGGUCCCAAAGAGUGA